AUGACAGUCACAUGACACAAAAGUGUGACCUAUUUUCCGUAUUGUAUAUAUAAAGGAAGAUUGGGGUAAAUCGUCCAUCUCAGGGCUGAAGAUCAGAUUCAAAGAUGAAGGUUUUCCUGGUUGUGUGUUGUUUGGCUGUGGCUGCCAUGGCGGCACCUGAAUACUAUCAGAUGAACACAGAUGCCAUGAUUGACAAAAUCAACUCUAUGCAGAGGACAUGGAAGGCUGGUAGAAACUUCCAUCCCUCCCUGCCCCAGUCCUACUUCAAGCGUCUGUUGGGCGUGUACGACAUCAAUGGUGAGAGUCAGAGACUGAACAAUAUCCUGCCCAAAAAGACACACGACCUGUCCGUGAUCAGCCUGCCAGAGAACUUUGAUGCUCGUACCCAGUGGGCCAACUGCCCGUCCCUGAAGGAAGUCCGUGAUCAGUCCAACUGUGGGUCUUGCUGGGCUUUUGGUGCUGCGGAGGCAAUGACCGACAGAAUCUGUAUCUUGUCUAAAGGAGCUAAGAAUUUCCACAUCUCAGCAGAGAACCUGAUGACCUGCUGCAAGACAUGUGGAUUUGGAUGUAAUGGUGGCUUCCCAGCAGCAGCAUGGAAGUUCUUUGAGGAAGAGGGCCUUGUCACCGGCGGUCAGUACGGCUCCAAGCAGGGAUGCCAACCCUACCUGCUGGCCAAGUGCGACCACCAUGUUCCCGGCAAGUACGGGCCUUGCACUGGAGACUCCAAGACCCCCAAGUGUGAGAAGAAGUGUGAGGCAGGUUACAAUAUCACCUAUGAAAAGGACAAACACUAUGGGUCCCGAUCCUACUCUGUGCGUGGCGUGGACCAGAUCAUGGCAGAGAUCUACAAGAACGGACCAGUGGAAGCAGCCUUCACUGUGUACAGCGACUUCCCCACAUACAAAUCUGGCGUGUACAGCCACACCUCCGGCCAGGCUCUUGGAGGACAUGCUGUGAAGAUCCUUGGCUGGGGCGUUGAGAGCGGAGAACAGUACUGGCUGGUAGCCAACUCCUGGAACGCCGACUGGGGCAUGGAAGGAUUCUUUAAGAUCAAGAGAGGCACUGAUGAAUGUGGCAUCGAGUCACAGAUUGUCGCUGGAGACCCCAAACUGUAAAUUCGAACCUGUGCUGUAAUUUAGCAUUACAUAAACCGUCUGGCCUUACAUCAAAACAAAUCUUGAUGCUACUGCAGGGUGAACAACAACUGACAUACUUACAUCAAAACUGUAUAGUAAUAUCUUUAAUAACCAAGCUGUCUUUCCUAUUUUUGAUACUGUUUGUAAUCUGACACCCUUUGUAUAUUGAGAUUGAAUUUUGAAUGUUCAGUUUACAUGAACCAAGCAUUUACGUGCAAUAAAAGUAUUUUACAUAA